AUGAAGUCCGUCAUACCCGUCCUCGCGUUGCUUUUCGCUGCAGCCCAGGCAGUCGAGAUGAAUUCCUAUGUGCAAGAUGCCGACGUCGAGCCUGAGUUCAAAGGUUUCCUCGAAGAGUAAGUCUCACCUCCCACCAAAUACACCAAUUACCACCUCUCUCAAGUGAUAAUGCCAAGGGUUCAAAAUACUUGGCGACGUAUGUCUUGGCCGUAAGCUUCACUCAAGGGAAAACAUUUACUAACAUACCCAGAUUCUACAAAACCACCGAAGACAAGAAAGCUACUGAUACAUACGCCGAUUUCUGGACAAAGGACGGUACAGAAUCUGUCAUCCUAGGUGGUGAAGCCUUCCCAGGCUCGUUUUUCAUAAUUAGUAUGAAGCAAAGACAGCUUCCCAUUCUUGGAGAUAAGUCCUUGUUACACAUUGUAAACAAUGCUAGCGUUGUCAAGGAUACACCAGAGUCAAAGAUUUACCGAGCGGAUUAUGUUCUCCAAACCACAAAUACAGCUUGCUCGGAAGUUAAUGGUGUGGCGGAGUUUACGAUCUUGAAGACCGACGGAAAGCCUGGAUUGACACCACAUUCGGGGAGUAUGAGGUUAUAUAAUUCGACAAUUAGUCCCACAAAGACUCCAACAGAUGUUCCAUGCAAGAAGGUCUAA